CAUCAGUACGCCGCGCAACUCCACAGCCACUCGCCCCCGCUCCGCUCCACUCCCCAAUCGAGCAAGGCCGAAGCCCUAGCUCGCCGCCGGCGGCCGCCAUUCCCCCCUCCCCCGCACGAGCCGAGCGACGCGCGCGGCCUCCGCCCACCCCCUCCGGCGAUGUCCCGGCGGCGGCCGAGGGGCGGGACGCAGCGGAUGGACGCCGCGAUCGACCACUUCGCCAUCAUGGGCUACCGCAAGGCCGACGUCCGCAGCGUCGUCAACCGGCUGCUCAGGGAUGUGUAUGGGAGGGAUGGGUGGCCGUUCCUGGAGGACAGCUGCUACUCCGUCGUGCAGGACGCGCUCUUCGAGAUGCAGGAGGAGCAGGACAAGCUGCAGCUGCAGGCCGUGCAGCAGCCGCAGGAGGAGGAUGGGGAUGCGGAUGCGGAUGACGGUGGUGGUGAUGAUGAUGAUGAGGAGGAAGCUCAGCAACUGGAAGCAGCAAUGAUGGACCCACCUUCAGAAAAUGCCAUGCCCAUUGUGAUGGUUGACAGUGAGGCACAACCUUCUGAGACUGUGUUAGCCGUUGAGCAAACAGGGGAAGUGAUCCCCAUGAUCAUGGACCCACCUGCUCUCACAGCUGGGCCGCCACAUCCGGUAUCUACAGGAACUGGUCGCACAAGGCGUCCCUGCUAUGGAUGGAUCUCUGAGUCUGAGAGUGACUCGGACUACGAAGAAUAUGUUGCACGUCGACAGAAGCAGGUGCAUGUCCCGGCCAAGUAGAUGGGUGCAAGUGAAGCCACUUAACAGAGAGGGGGCUGAUCCACGGCGAAAGGAAGCAGGAGAACUGGACUAAUUUAGAGCAUUAAUAUAUUGCUAGUACUAUAUUGUUAGCAUGACGAACCGGAGGUGUGUCUCCGUCGGAUCUCACGGGAUUCAGUCGGUGUUGGUCUUUGGUGGAUCUGUUUGGAUCCAGUCUUUGUUCGUCUUGGUUUGGGUGUUUACAAGUUUGAUACUUUCGAUCUACAACUUUAUUCAUCGAUGAUGGUUGCUGCUCUGGUGUGCUGGUCCUACGGGGCCUUAGCAUGACGACUUCUCGGCUGUCUACUACAACAAGGUUUGCCUGGUUCCAGCGAGAGAGGGGCGAUGACGGCGGCGCGUCUUUGGCUCACUCCAGUGCUUGUAGUCAUCGCUAGGUGGUCCAUAGACCUGGUUGUAAUUUUUAUUACCUCUGGUGUCCUUUGUACUACCAUGAUUAGAGAUGAAUAGAUUGAAACUUUCUCACAGGCAAAAAAAGAAAAUUUUACCUUUACAUAGAAGUACCUUCCAUUAGCAAAUUCGGUUGUAUUUUCAUAAGCUUUUAUUACCCAAUAUUUUUCUAAUAUGAUUGACAAUUCAGGCUA